UUUACACAUUAACGGUGUUUUUAUUUUCUUGAGAUGUGCUCAAGAUGGGAAAUGCUUUCUAAAACCAUUCAGAGAAAUAACGUCCCAAAGGCUUCAAGAUGACUGGAAGGGAUAUGCCAGAUACGUCAUAUUUUCCUGACCUUGAAGUACUGAAGAAAAAUCUGUACGCAAAGGCUGGUGAUCUUUAAGCAAGUGGCUGAAGAAGUUGGUUCUCCUAAAUCAAAGCCAGAGGGCUCAGUGCAAGGAAGUCAUGUUGGAGAGCAAUGAGAAUGUCACUUCUGUGGCAGGUGAUUGGCAGGACACUGAGAGUUACGGAGAAUCCUCUAUGGAGUCUUCAGAAACAACCAGCCCUGAAGCAGGAAAAGAAACAUUUCAAAAUCAAAAAGAGCCUCCAAAACCAUCAAAGAGCGAGAAGAAAUCUUCCAGCUUUCAGGAUGCUGACAUCCAUGAACUCCUGGUCCCACAAGAGGGUCACCAAGGGAAGUGGAGGAUCAAAUGUCCUGUGUGUGGGAAGAUAUGCAAAUAUAAAUCAGACUUCAACAGGCACCGUUUGACCCACACAGGGGAGAAGCCAUAUCAAUGUACAGAGUGUGGAAAGAGCUUCAGCGACAGUGGGACUCUUACUGCACAUCAAAGAACCCACACAGGGGAGAAACCAUACAAAUGUACAGAGUGUGGGAUACGCUUCAAUCGUAGCGGAAGCCUUAAGAGGCACAAGAGAACCCACACAGGGGAGAAACCUUAUCAGUGCCUGGAAUGUGGGAAAUACUUCAGCCUGAAAUCGAUCCUUACCACACAUCAGAGAACCCACACGGGGGAGAAACCCUUUAAGUGCAUGAACUGCGGAAGAAGCUAUAGUCGUAAGGGCAGCCUUGAUAGGCAUCAGCGGGAUCACCCAGGGGAGCAAGCCUACAUCUGUGCAGAAUGUGGGAAAAGCUUCAUUGUCAGCGAUAACCUCCCUGCAUAUCGAAAUCACUACACAGGGGAGCAACCUUAUAAAUGCAUUGAUUGUGAAAGUCGAGUCAUCAACUUAGCCUAGUUUGGGUCAAAGCCUGCUCCCAAAGGGGAAGCCAUCUAAAGGAGGAGUAACAUCAAAAAACAGACCUUAAAGAACCCACAAAAGGGCAAAACUUUAAAUGUUUGGGUUGUGAGAAGAGCUUGGUGUGAAUGGCAAAUGGUCUUCACUUUAGAAGUCACACAGGGAAGAGGCCAAUAAUUGAAAGGAUUUACUGGACUUGGGUGAUUCUGCACAGAGGAGGGGGGAAAUUAACUACCCAUCCAAUGAACUCGCAUGAGAGAGAGAGGAAAAAAAGGAGGUAUAGAAAAAGGACUGAUGAUUGCAGAAAUUUUAAAGAACAACUCUCUCCACCUGGUUUCUGGAUUUUACCUCUGCCUGACUUCUAUGAAGUUCCCCUUUCAUUCAGAACCCUCCCAUCUGGGCACAGAAGGGCCACCCGAUCCUUGGCGAAGUGUUCUGGUUGAGGGAAGCAGU